AUGCUUCCAACAGAUUUCAAUACCUUCUCGUACGCAGUCAGAAAGCCAGGUAAACAAUUCUUCUUAGUGUCAGCUGUCGUCUUGGGAGCAUUGUUUGUUAACCGAACUCAUUACGCCCAACAAGGUAAAUCUUUCGAAAAUCAUCUUCCAACCAAAGAGACUUGGGAAUGGUACGAUAAACAUUGUGCCAGACAAGGUGAAAAUCAAGACAUUACCAUGAAGGAUCAUUCGGUCAACAUUCCACACAUGAUGGGAAAGUUUGAUAAACGAGAGGAAACCGAUUCCAAUCCAUUCUAUCAAGCUCUGCACAAGUAA